CCUUAAACUAUUAUAUAUUUAUUUCAGCCAUAAUGAUGAACUUUUCUUCCAGGGUUUCAAAGAAGCUCUGCCCUUACCUCAAGAAAACAACUGUCAGACAAGAAGCUGCAUCGACUGCGCACUCUUUGCCCCAAGCUAUGAAGGAAUGCCCAUAUGUUAAGGAGUUGUACUCCAGCUUCGGAGUUGAAGACCAAAAAGAUACAGAAAAUUUGGAGAGCAGCCACAGUUCUCUUGGUGUCACUUCUACUUCUUCUGCUGAGCCGAAGCUAUUCAAGAUGGAAAAGACUGAAACUUCCUGCACCAGAAAAGACCCCUAUGCUACAGAAGAGGAGUCUCAGUGUUCAAUGGAUAUCUCUCCAAAAUCUGAGAAAGAGUCUACCCAAUACGACAAAAAGUUUGAUGCUUCGAUCAAUCAGCUCAAGGACGAAGGCAGAUACAGGAAGUUUAUCAAUGUCGAAAGACACAAAGGCAGCUUCCCAAGAGCCACCAGAAGAGAGCAAAAGGACAAAUCUGAAGUUGUUGUUUGGUGCUCCAAUGACUAUCUCGGUAUGGGCCAGAACCCUAAAGUUCUAACAGCCAUGCACGAUGCACUCGACAACUCAGGCGCUGGAGCUGGAGGCACCAGAAAUAUUGGAGGAAACACCAAGUAUAUUGAAGAACUUGAAGAGGAAGUGGCUCAGCUUCAUGGCAAAGAGAAGGGACUUGUCUUCUCAUCUUGCUAUGUUGCAAACGAGACAACUCUGACUACACUUCCCCAAAUCUUAGGGCCUGACACCAUCUACUUCUCUGACUCCAAGAACCAUGCAUCUCUGAUUCAUGGAAUGAGAAAUGGAAGAUGUGAGAGAAAGAUAUUCAGACAUAAUGAUGUCGAACACCUAGAAGAACUUCUAGAACAGACAGAUAUCUCUAGACCAAAAAUCAUUGUCUUCGAAAGCGUUUAUUCCAUGUGUGGAACUGUCGGCCCAAUCAAGGAGAUUGUUGAACUUGCAGAGAAGUAUAAUGCCCUCUGCUUCCUUGACGAAGUUCAUGCAGUCGGCCUUUAUGGCCCCUCUGGAGCUGGUGUUGCUGAACUUAUUGGAUGCCAUAGUGACAGAGUCAUGAUAUCCGGAACUUUAGGUAAAGGAUUCGGAGUAUUUGGAGGAUAUGUAACUGGAAACGCAAACCUCAUUGAUGUGGUCAGAAGCCAUGGAGCUGGUUUUAUUUUCACAACUUCUUUGCCACCUACUGUACUUGCUGGAGCUAAAGCUAGCAUCAGUCACUUGAGAGCUUCUCAAGCUGAGAGAAACAGACAUAAAUAGAAACACUAGCACUUUACUCGGAAAGCUGCUUGACCAGAACUUGCCUGUAAUGAAGUCUGAUUCUCAUAUCCUGCCACUGUUCAUCGGGAAUCCUGUAUUAGCGAGGACUGCUUCAGACAUGCUCUUGGAUGAGCACAAUAUUUAUGUCCAGCCAAUAAACUACCCAACCGUUCCAAAGGGAGAAGAAAGAUUGAGAAUCAGCCCAUCUCCUCUGCACACUGAACAGAUGAUGGAUGACUUCGCUGGAGCUGCUAGAGAAGUUUGGACAAACUUAGGCCUCAAGCUUCUCGAUGACUAUCUCGUCCAUCCAGAGAUGGAGGAGAAAUUCUUCCUUCCUGCUGAUGAUGGAAAGAAGAUCGACAUUGGUGAAAACCACCUUUACACCUACAUGGACGGGCUUGUUUUGUAG